AUGGCUGCUCAGACUACCAAAGAUUGCUUGAAUAGUAGAUGCCCCCACUUCGACAUCCUCAGCCCAAUUAUGGCUGAUCGUGCCGGAACCGUGCCUUUGUACACUUCGGAAAGUGGUGUUGACGAUCAGCCAAACCGUUCGAACACUUCAAUUAAUCCCCCUUCGCCUUCGCCUCAGCCUCAAGAGACUCAGGCUACUCAAAAUAGUGGCUGGGAACCAACACAACGUUUAGAACCCGAAUUCGAUGAUGCAGAAGAUGGCCAAAAUGCUGACAAUUCCCACUCGUUGAGUCAAAACACGACUCGACCUAAUUUGGCACAGUCUGCUUUAUCUCGCUCACUCGAACGCAGUUCAAGUUCUCAAUCUUCAUUGAUAUCAAAAACUCUGCCACGUCAAAAUUUCAUUCAACCUGUGAAGAAACCUAUUAGUGAGAACCCCAGAAGAACUUCAGCUGGUACCUUAGGUGUCCUCAAAUCUUUUCAAUCCUCUUUACCAACUCAAGCAGAUUACGAACAGUUGAAAAAUGAAAAUACCGCUGCCGCCGAGACCAAUUGCCUUGCGUUUCAACAAGCUUCUUCAAACUCGAAUGCUGUGAUGAACCUGUUAGAAGCACAAUUUGGAAGUCAAAAUUCUUCCGAAAAACGUACUCUGGACCCUGAAGACUUAACACCUGAGGCUAUUGAAAAAAGGAAAGCCAAGAAGGCUAAAACUGAAGAACUCGAAAUGCUCAAAUUAGAACGUGAAUUGGCUCAGGAGCGUAGGGCGUUACACGAGAGUGCUGAAGGUUCAGGAUUGUCUAAACUUGAAUUGGCUAGAGAAAAGGCCGACUUGAUUAGCAAGUUCUGUCUCGCCCAUAUAUCCCUGGAAACCGCUCGUGAGAUGGCUCAGGAAAUUAUUGAUAGUUUAAAAUGA